UCAAAUAUUAAUUUUUAAUAUUUUGAUUGAUAUUUAUAUUUUAAAUAUUUUUUCAAAUCAAUAUUUGUCCUGAAUAAUUUCAUAGUAAUUUCGUAUACUUAUUAUCGAUCACAUAGUAAAAUUUUUUUUCUUUGAUGAACAACAAACCACUUGACUAUAAACACUUCUGACAGUUAUAUUUCUUAUCAAAAUAGAACAAAUUGAUAUACAAGUUAUUUUCUUUAUUUCGCUUAGGAGCUUGAAUAAAUGCAAAAAAAUGUCAUAAGUUAAUGGAAGCAAAAAAGGAAAAAAAAGAAAAGAAAACCAGUAGAGCAGACAGAACGAAAAAUCUUAUAUUUGCCUAUCGCCUCUUUGAUACUGUUCGUAAGACUCAUUAUACAUUUUUUUUUCAGUAUAUAUAUACCACUUGUGCAUGCAUCAUUUUCUUCAUAUAGUAUUCUGAUUAUUAGUUUUAUACAUUGUAUUAUUCAUUGAAGUAUUACUAUUAAUAUAAACCUCCAAGUGACAUUAACCAACAUCUUAUAUUUAAUACAUAUCUACACAUAGAAUAGAAUGGCGUUGAUAUUAUUUUUAUUUAAAGUUUCUAAUAUUGAUAUAUCCAAUUCUAAAUUGGAAAUUAUUGGUAAAAAUAAUGAUCAAUCAACAUCUGAUAUGCCUACAACACAAUUUAUUAAUGAUGAAGAUGUGACGUUAUUGAGUGCUAAAGUCAUAUUUCGAGGUGUUAAUCUUUGGUCAAAUAAUGUACGCAUACGUGCUGGUACAGCAAAUUUUAUUGCACGUGGAAACAAACCAAAGAAAUUUAAUUUCAAUUUAGCAACUAUGUUAAUACCCGAUGAUAAAUUACGCAUCGAAUUUUAUACGAUAAAUAUGAAUAAAAAACGAAAAAAAUUAAUUGCAAUUUUUGAAUUAAUGCUUGAAUCUUUAAUCGAUUCAAAAUAUAUUGAUUUACCUGAAGAAAAUCUAUCUGAUCCAAAUAAUUCCUUACUACCAGCAACUGUACAACUUAAACUUUAUUAUACACCACCAGAUAUUGAUAAACAACUUGCUGCAAUAGGUUAUGAUGAUACAAGUGAGUUGAUCGAUUGGAGAAAUAUAUUUGAUGAUGAAGGACGACAUGAUGGUCAUCGAUAUAGGCAUAUGCAUUCAAAACAUGAUGGUCAAUUUAAAGCUAAUUUAAUCUGUGCUGCUACUAGUAGUUUACAAUAUUCCAAACGAAUAGUUCAUGAUGCCGUUAGAAUAAUUAGUACAUUUACAGAUACAGCACCAAUCGGAAUUUUUCGAUUGGAUGUAUCAACAGUAUAUAGUGAAAAAGAACAUGCAUUUGAACGAAAAUGGGCUCAAUUGGUUAAUCCGGAAAAUAUUGGAUCAUCUUGUGGUCAUUUACUUCUUUCAAUAUCUGUUACACAACGUGGUGUUCCAACGAAAAAUUUUGUCAGUGAAGGAGUACAUGACGAAGAUGAAUUUAAACCUUCGUAA